AACAAGAAUGGUGCUAACACUCUACAAGAUGGACGCCAGUCCCCCAGUCCGCGCUGUCUACAUGGUCAUCGAAGCACUAAACAUUCCCAACGUAAAAUAUGUAGACGUGGACCUCUUAGCUGAAGAUCAUUUGAAAGAGGAGUUCUUGAAGCUAAACCCUCAACACACCAUUCCUAUGCUGACAGAUGACAAAUUCGUCAUCUGGGACAGUCAUGCAAUAGCUACAUAUUUGCUAAACAAAUACGGCAAAGGCAGUUCAUACUAUCCCGAGGACCCAGAGAAGAGAGCCCUGAUCGAUAUGAGAUUACAUUUCGACAGUGGAAUAUUGUAUCCUGCUUUGCGAGAAAACGACGAGCCCAUUUUCUUUUGGGGCGAGACCACCUUCAAGCCUCAAGGUCUGGCCAAAAUAAAGUCAGCUUAUGAUUUCACGGAGAAGUUUCUUUCUGAUUCACCGUGGAUCGCAGGCGAUGACGUCACUGUGGCUGAUAUGAGCUGUGUUGCUACAAUCGGCAGUUUGGAUGCGCUCUUGCCUAUUAAUGAGAAAGAGUAUCCCAAGAUAACUUCGUGGUUGAAACGCUGUUCUGAGCUAGACUUUUACCAGAGAGGAAACAACGUAAAAGGCCUAUUGGAAUUCAAGGCGUUACUGAAACAAUACUUGAGUCGUGGAAAAGAAUAAAAAAAAUCGAUGAUUGCAUAGUCACUAGCAAUCACUAGAAGUUUUCAAUUAAAUGUUAUUAUAAAAUCUUUACGACUGAUUUAUUAUGACUCGCGAUAUAAAUAUGUAUCGAUUGAAAUUUAUGUUCAUUGGUCAUGGA